AUGGGGGCUGUGUCACUUGGAAAAGCCAAAGACAAAGAGGAGCGUCUUCUGAAGCGGCAGCUGAACCGCGAGCGGAUGGAGGAGAAACGCAGACUGAGAGCAGCGCAGAACGAGGAACAGGAUCGCAAGAGACCCCGAGCUAAAGAGGCUCGAAAAGAGAAGAAGGUCCUGGAGAAGAAAGUGGCUCUGAGCAGACAGAGAAAGAGAGACUCAGACCUGAUGAUAACACACUCCUCAAUGACUGCUUCGUUUCAGAAAGAGGACGACAGGAAGAAAAGUGACACCGAAAGUGAUUCAUGCGACGGCCGUCUGAUCUUGAGGGAGCAGCGCAGGAAGAAGACCGACAGCGAGGAGAAACUCCCUGACAAAAACCGCGUUCACUCCUUCAUCCUGGACCUGGAGCUGGGAACAGAAGAACGCCGCAAAAACACUCGGAAAGACCCGCUUUCCAAAGAAAAGGAGCGCAAGGAGAAAGAGCGCGGCGUCCCUGACGAACGACUCAAGCACAAACUCAAGACGGAGAGCAGGAAGAGCGGGGACACCCCGGCCGAAGAGAAAGAUGGAGGGACUGCGAAAGGAGCAGCUGAUGAGAAGAAGGGGUCAAAGGUCAAGCCAGACAGGAAGAGUUCUGUGUCUUCUCGAGAAGGAAAGACGAGUGUGUCUGAAGCGGUGGAUGAAGCGAACCUGAAGAAAGGAAAGACUGCUGUGAACGAGAGAGAGAAACCGAAGGGCGACUCGAAGCUGCUCCGGCGUCUGGACUCCACCGGCUCCUCAGAGGAGAGGUCAGAGGUCGAGACGGGUUCAGAGGUCAGCCGGAAGAAAGACAAGCAGCCUAAAGAGAUUCUCAAGAGGUCAAAGAGUCACCCAGAGGCUAAACCUGGAGAGAAGACCAAGGUGCGGACGGAUCGGAAGGAUUCGUCUGUGGACAAGACUCAUCCGCAGAAAUCCGGCUCGGAAACCGAGAGCGAGGUCAGAAAGGCAGAGACGGGUUCAAAGGUCAAAUCCCUAACGGAGAAGCACAAGUCUAAACCCCAGAAUCCCACUGCGGGCAAAUCAGAUAAAAAAACAGAAGCCAAGAGUAAACCAGGAACGGCAGAACAGAAGAAAGAGGAGAAACCGAAGCUCGUGAAGAAAACAUCGGAGAAGAAGGUGGAGAAAGAGUCCGAGAGCAAGUCUGGAGAACCACUAGAACCCGGCGCCGUCUCCGGUUCCACACCUGUACCAGACGAUCCGUACGCCGCUCUGAGUGACAUCACUCCUGAACCUGAGGACGAGGACGCUGUGGUCAGAGAGCCCCGCCCACUGACUGCAGAAGCCGACGCCCUCUUGAGCCUGAUGGGAGUCCACAGCUCCGCCUCAGAGCUCUCUGUCCGGAGGAAGCGGAGGCCGAUAUGAAGAUGAAGGAAGCGGCGCUUGCACUGCUCUCCAUGGAUCCAGACACCGCUUGCUCCUCCGAUCUCAUCACCGAUUCUCCGGUCGCUAUGGAGACGCUCCCUACAGGAAGUGGGUUACAGUCCUCCGGGAUCGCUACAGCAGAGCCCAUGGAGACGGAGGCUCUCGGCUACAGGAAGUGACAUCAGAGGCUGGAGAUGAGCAGACCGAUGAAAGACUUCCAGCAGAUGAGCCCACGCAGACUCCCACUGCAGACACAGCUGAAGUUACACAGAUGACCACUGCAGACACAGCUGAGUCCACCCAGUCUCUCAUUCCAGACGCAGACCAGUCCAUGCUAACUCUUACUGCAGAUGCUGCGGAGACGUUCAGACCUUCACUGCAGACACAGCUGAAUCCACGCUGACGGUCCGCACAGAAGCAGCCGAGCUGGCAGACACGCAGUCCAUGCAAACAGACACAGCUGAGACCAUGCAGACCUUCACUGCAGAUGCUGCCGAGUCCAUGAAGACUGGUCUUACAGAUGCUGCAGAGACAGGACAGAGCCUCCCUGCAGACAUAGCUGUGUCACCUGCUAACACCUCUCGC